AUGCCAAGAAAGAAAAAAGCUGCCUCCAAUCGCGGGUUUGCAACUGUAUCGACACCUAAAGCAAUCUCUUCUCAACCGACUCCUCCUCCUCCUCCUGUUGCUGUUGCUGCUGCUGAUAAUGUCGUCAACAUUCAACCAUCGCAGCCCGAGAUCACAAAGCCCCAUUCACCCACUUCUCCAGCAACCAGUGUAAAGAAAGACGAUCCAGACGACAAUGUAACGCGACUCGCCAAACGCUUUGCCAAUGUCAAUGAUCGUAAAGCCGAGACACUCUUGAAUGAACUGGGAUCGCGUGGUGGUGGUGUCAAUGACGACCAAGGCACAGCAGGAAUGCGAUCGUUUGCACUGACGGCCGACGUUGAGUUUGACUUGCUGCAAGUGCUCAAGCAUCAAGGCAAGGCAGAUACUUUUGGCACUGCGGGUCAACCAAGCAAGAAACGCAUCAUCAACAACUCUUUGGACUAUGAUCGAGCUAUUGGACAUAUGGAUGUGGUGUAUCGUACUUUACUCAAAAUGGGAUUUCAUGCAAGUGAUAUGAUGGAAGCAUUUGGUGGCACCGCUUCAUCCGAUAUCAAUCAUCUUUUGGAUUGGCUUUGCGUCCAUGUGCCAUAUGAUCGAAUGCCAGUGGGCUUUUUCGACAAGUACUUUACAGAAGAAGGUCUCUCCAUUCGUGCCGAGUUACCUGAAGGCGAGGUACAAGAAGUCGAUAAGGAAAGGAGAAUUGUGGAAGAGCCCAAGGAUGUGGUGGCACUCAAUCGUUCCAAUGAUGAUGAUGAGGCUAUCAAAGAGGAGGAUGAGGAGGAUGUCAAGGCCAAGAUUCUAAAGGCAGCUCAACAAUAUUAUGAAGAGGAGGAGGAAGAGGAUGAUCAGGAUAUCAAUGAAAAGCAUGCAACGCUUCGAUUGGAAUUGACACAACUCGAAGAACAACUUCCAAGGAGCAGCGGCAAAAAGAAGAAAAAAUUCGCCUCAGCAGCUGCAGCAGCAAUGGAUCCAGCCGAUGUACAAGCCAUUGAGAAAAAGAUAGCCCAUGUACGACAAUCUCUUCAGGAUAUCGAGAAUGAUUGGGACUUUGACAAGAGAAAAGCACAAGAGAUCUUUGUUUCAAUGCAGCGAGAGGCCUUGGAAGCGCUCAAGGAAGCACGUGAACGAAGAAAACAGCAGGAAUUGGAAGAGAAACAACAGGCCGCAAAGGAAGAGAAAGCUUCAGCACAACAACAACAAAACGACGACCCAUUGGAUCUUGGUCUUGGUGACGAGAAUGAUGAUGAUGAAGGUGGCGGACUCUUUGGCAACAUGUUGGACGAGGAAGAAGCAGCCACUGUCACUCCUGUCGAAUCCAAGGAGGAAAAAAUCUCAUGGGAAUUGGUGGAUUUGGCGAAACCUGGUUGGAUUGGAAGAUACCCCAAGGAGAUGCUACAAGAGUAUUGUAAGCAAAACACGGAUUACGCAAAGCAAGUCUACACCACUACGAGCCUUGGUGGUCAUCGAUGGCGAGCUACUGUUAAGUUGGUGUCACGACAACCUUUCCAUGAACCCCGGAUAGUGGACAUUCCUGGCCACCUUGCAACCAACAAUACCAAGGAUGCUGAACAGCUUGUUGCAAUGGCGGCUCUUUUUGAAUUGGAUCCUGCAUCUUCCAUCUAUCGUAUCAUGUCAACGCCUUUUAAGGAUCUAUGGUUGCAAUGGGUUGAGGAAAAGAAUGAACGAGAAUUACGACCCCAGCUCGAAGAAUCAAAAAAGCGAAUGCAGCUGUUUGUGGAUUUGAUGGAUGGGACGCUCAACAAGAACAAGGAGGAUAAUGCUCCUGAAUCAACAAGCGACCAUCAGGCUGCUGAAAUGGAGGAGGAGAAUAAGGGAUCUACCAAGGCAUUACGUGUCGAUAAGAAAGCCAUGUUUGCUCGUGUGAAGAACUCAUUUGCAAAGAGAGUACGGUCCAAGGAAUACAAUGAUAUGAAGAAAAAGCGAAGCGAAUUGCCAAUGGCAUCCUACCGGGAAGAGGUUCUUCGUCUGGUGCGUGAUAACCAAAUCGUCAUUGUCUCGGGUGAAACUGGAUGUGGCAAGAGUACCCAAGUCCCCCAAUUUCUAGCAGAAGAGCUCUUACAAGGCAAUCACGGUUACGGUUCAGUGAUAUGUACACAGCCUCGAAGAAUUUCAGCCAUGUCCAUUGCCAAGCGUGUUUCUACUGAAAUGGGUGACUAUCCAAGGUCCAUUGGUACCAAGAAUGGCAUGGUGGGAUAUCAAAUUCGUUUGGAGAGCAAGGUCGCGGAUGAGAACGUGCUGGUCUUUUGCACCACGGGUAUUCUUUUACGACGGCUUGAAAGCGAUCCACAUUUGGAAGGCGUCACACAUGUGGUGGUGGAUGAAGUUCACGAACGUACACUUGACAGCGAUUUCUUAUUGAUCGUGCUUCGUCGUUUGUGCCGAAUUCGACAUGAUCUCAAGGUUAUCCUUAUGAGUGCCACAGUGGAAGCGCAUCGGUUUUCUGAAUACUUUGGUGGUUGUCCUGCCAUCUCUGUUCCUGGAAGAACGUUCCCUGUCAAAGUACAGUACCUUGAAGAUGUCGUAGAAGCAACAGGAUACACCAUUGAAGAGGACUCUCAUUAUGCUGUGCGACGAGAACGGAUACACAAAGCACAAGGGUCUGUUCAAGUAUCAGGAGGACAUGGUACAUCGCAUAAGGUGCACUUUGAUUGGUACGACAAUGAUUACGACGAUGAUGAUCCAUACGACAUGACACGACUCGAUGGCAAGCUUACAGUCAAAGAUGAUGAUGAACAACAAGACGAGACACCACCAAAGUACAGCGACCAAACGCGCAAAAUGAUCAAACGCAUGGAUGAAAGCAAGAUCAACUAUGACCUUAUCCUUGAUCUAUUGGACCAUAUUUGUAUACGAUCACAAGAUGACCCCAACAGCCAAGUACCUGACACGGGUGCGAUUCUCGUAUUUUUGCCUGGUAUGCCAGAGAUUCGACGAUUAUACGACAUGUUGGCAGCGCAUCGCGUAUUGGGUGACAGCUCCCAGUAUAUCUUGAUUGCAUUGCAUUCGACGCUUUCUUCAGAACACCAGGAACGUGCAUUUGAUGUACCUCCAAAGGGGAUGCGGAAGAUUGUGUUAUCCACCAACAUUGCCGAAACAGGUGUGACCAUUAGCGAUGUCACUGUGGUCAUUGAUACAGGCAUGGCCAAGAUUGUCAGCUAUGAUCAAAAACGACGCAUUACUCGAUUACGCCAAUCAUUUAUUGCCAAGGCCAAUGCACGUCAACGCCGAGGUCGUGCAGGUCGUGUUCAAGAAGGUCUGUGCUUUCAUUUGUUUACCGAGAACAAAUAUUUACAGAUGGCCGAUUAUGAAACACCCGAGAUCCUCCGUUUACCCUUGGAAGAACUAUGUCUCAGGAUCAAAGUGUGUGAGCUUGGAUCCAUUCAAGAAUUCCUUGGCACUGCCUUGGAUGCACCUUCUCCUCAAUUGGUGGUCAAUGCUAUUGAAACGUUGCAAGAGGUCCAAGCCUUAUCCACGGAUGGAAUGGAAACACUCACAGCAUUGGGUGCUCAUUUGGCGAACUUACCUGUGGAUGUGCAUAUCGGCAAAAUGAUCCUCUUUGGUGCCAUCUUUCGAUGUCUUGAUCCCGUAUUGACAAUUGCAGCCGCACUCAGUUUCAAGAGUCCUUUUAUGCGACCCUUUGGUCGAGAAGUGGAAGCGGAUGUUGCACGUGCCAAGUUUAGAUAUGCUGACUCGGAUUUCUGGACCAUCGUCAAAGCUUAUCAAGCAUGGCGUGAUCAAUUACAAAAAUUACAAGGACAAGGAUCGGGAUGGCGACGCAAGAUUCGAGAUUUUUGUGGUCGACACUUUUUGAGCGAGGCCAACCUUGAGAUGAUCGAAGACAUGAAGCGACAAUAUCUGGAGCUGUUGCUGGAUAUUGGAUUUGUAAAGUCCAAUGAUAUCGAGGAUUUGCAAGGAUACCAAGUCAAGCGUGGUGGCAAGAUGCGCUGGUGCUCUGUCCCUCCUGUCUACAAUGAACAUGCGACCUCUGUACCUGUGGUGAAUGCAGCUAUCAUGGCAGGCUUAUAUCCAAAAAUGGCGGAACGACAUGGCGAAACGUUUGCCAAUAACAAGCACACUGCAAUGCGUAUUCAUCCAUCCUCCAUGCUCUUUGGUCGUGAGACGUCAUUGAGCAGUGACUUUUUGGUAUACAAUACGGUGGUGAUGAAUGGGGAACAAAUAUAUAUGUGGGAGGCAACUACCAUUGAACCCGUGGCCGUCAUGCUGCUAGCUUCCGAUAUGGAGAUUAAGCACAAGCAACGCAUCGUGAUAUUGGAUGACUGGAUCAAGUUCGAAUGCUUUGCAAGAUCAGCUGCAUUACUCAAGUUCUUACGUAUGGAGCUUACUAAGUGGCUCACGAUCAAGAUGAAGCAACCCGGGUUGGAUCUUACGAAUUAUAGUCAAGAGAUGAUGGAGGUGAUGGUGCGCACACUCGAAAGCAGACUUGAAUAA